UACACUCAUCAGCGUGUCAGUUUGGCUCCUUCCACACAGGGAUGAUGGCAGUGAUCAUUGUACUGCCUCAAGAUCAUUUUGUGUGCGCCCUGUGCCUGGAGACCCUGAAGGAGCCCGUCACAAUCCCCUGUGGGCACAACUACUGCCUAAAGUGCAUUAGAGACUGCUGGCAGCACACUCAGCAACACUACAGAUGCCCUCAGUGUACAGAAAGCUUUUUUUCAAAACCCACCCUUUCCAAAAAUCCCUUAUUAGCUGAUAUACUAGAAAAACUGAAGGCACCAGAACAUGACUCAACUUUACCAGGCACCAUUGCAGGUCCAGGUGACGUCCCCUGUGAUGUGUGCUCAGAGAGAAAGCAGGUAGCCAUCCAGACCUGCUUAACCUGCCUGGCCUCCUACUGUGAGACUCACCUCCAAACUCACCAGGAGUGUGAAGCGCUCAAGAAACACAAGCUGGACAAACCCACCAGAAACCUGCAGCAGAGGAUCUGCUCAAAGCACAACAGCCUCCUGGAGAUUUACUGCAAGACCGACCAGUGUGGCAUCUGCCAUUUGUGCGUUGUGACUGAGCACAAGAACCACACCUUGGUGAUGUCCGACACAGAAAGAGAAGAGAAGCAGGUGGAGGUGAAGGCGACACUUUUAGAAGUGAAACGAAGACUAAAUGAGAGAGAGAAGAAGCUGUCGGAGAUCACGGCAGCUAUGGCUAUGCUUCGGAUUUCUGCAUCCAUGGAAAUACAAGAAACUGAGAAUCGAUUCAGUGAUCUGAGGUGGUCCAUUGAGAGAACCUGCUGGAAACUGACCGAGCAGAUCAGAGAGGUAGAAAGGAAAGAAAUAGAAAAAGCUGAAGCAAUCAAGCAGCAACUAGAGAAGGAGUCUGAAGAGCUGGAGAGGGGCCACACUGAGCUCAGUGAACUUUUAAAGACCGAUGAUGAUAUUCAGUUCCUCAAGAAUUUCUCAUCAUUCUAUGUCAUACCUGGAGAUGAAGAUGCACUCCGAGUCACAGUCGAUGUCAAAUUCUCUGCUGAGGAUCAAAGGAAGGAAAUGUCUCAUUUAAAAGAAUAUCUGGACAAGAUCAGUCAGUGGAAAUUUGAGAAAUGCACCCAAUAUGGGAGUGAAUCUCCAGUUUUCAUCCUGCAGCCUUGAGAACCACAGAACACAAAGUAGAUUUUGUGUACUUUUUAAGCAAUUUUCCCAUUUUUUUUUCCACAUUGCACCCUUCACACAUGGUAUGGAUAUAUUAAGGGGAACAUCUAGGGAAGUCCAUGGGAUCUGAAUGUUGAGUUUUGAAGUUCACAAGUGAACAGCGGAAAGUAAUAAAACAAGCCAGUGAUGAACUGCUGAUUCACCGGAGCGGAGCAGAACUCAUGUCAUCUUCUUCUGCUUUGUGACUUUUAGUUAA